AUGGCCCCCGCAGCGAAUUCAGCGAUCGAAUCGACUAAUCGACCCGACGAGUGGAAGAUUGAGCAGGGCAUCAAUGGAGCUAAGCUGCCGUUCUUGGAUCAGACUGGCACCGAGACUGUCAAGAUCCAACCUCACGUGUGGGGAGAAUUGACCAAAGAUCAAGCAGCAAUCGAUGCCGUCGGGAAUCGCGAUGAACUCUUCAGGCGGGAGCGUGAGGGCUGGAAAGGAUAUGUGGAGUGGGAAGACUGCCCCGAGAAGAGAGAAAAAGCACACAGGAUCUUGACGUCCCAGACAUUCCCGCCCAAUCCUGAAUACCAGAUGGGGCCAAUCCCUGAUACCAAUCCCGUGCUGCCGGGGGACGACUACAAAGCGUGGCAUGCGGCGAUUGGUGGUGAGCUUACCACCGCUGCCGACGAUUCUUGGGCGAAAGUCCUCGAGGAGAAGCAUCCAGAUAUGCUUCACCUGUUGCAAUUCCCAUACAACGGCGAGCCACCCAAAAGACUCACCGCAUCAAAGCCAGUCACGCCCAAUCCGCUCCACUUCGUUCGCAACCAUGGAGGAAUCCCCAUCAUUGACAAAGAGAAGUUCACCUUCGAGCUUGAUGGUCUGGUAGCAAACCCAAAGACGUACACUUUAGACGAUCUCAUGGACGAGUCGAAUUUCCCGCGCAUGGAGAGACUGAUUACGAUGCAGUGCUCGGGCACUCGCCGCAUUGAGCAGAUCACCCUGUACGCCGGACAGGGCGACGAAGUCCCACAGGCUCCGUGGGCGGAAGGCGCCAUCGGGACCGCGAAGUACGUGGGCAUCAGCUUGAAGAAGCUGAUCAAGGAUUGUGGCGGCCUUAUCAACGGCGCUAAACAUCUGGAGUUCUACGGGGCGGAUACCUACUUCAAAGCUCACCAGGCAAUGAAUUACGUGGUUAGCGUGCCUUGGUCGAAGGUCAAGGCCAACGAGGUGAUGCUGGCUUGGGAGAUGAACGGCGAGCCCCUGCCCAAGAUUCACGGAUAUCCGCUCCGGGUCGUGGUGAUGGGCUAUAUCGGUGCCCGGAGCGUGAAGUGGCUGUACCGCAUCAAAGCCAUCGACGGUCCGUCUCUCGCACCCGUGCAGAGCAAGGAGUAUCUGUACUUCAACCAGCAAGUCGGUAAGCACAACCAGCGACCCACCGACGGGAUCCAGAUCCAAGAGAUGCCCGUCUCCUCCGCCAUCCUGUCGCCGUGGAACAAGCAGGUCGUUAUCCACAACGGCUCCAUCAAAUGCAAGGGCUGGGCCUACUCUGGUGGUGGCCGGUGGCCGGAACGGGUCGAGCUUUCCGCCGAUGGUGGGUUCAGCUGGUAUGCCGUCCCCGUUGAUCAGAUGUCCAAGAAACACAAGUGGACGUGGCGAACCUGGGAGUUCGACCUGCCAUGCGACGUGGAAGGUUGGAUUGAGGUCGUCUGUCGCUGCUGGGACAACUCGCUUAACACUCAACCCCUGACUGUACGAGCGGCGUGGAACUGGGGGCUUCACGUCACUAGCUCAGCCCACCGCAUCAGCCUUUACAGUAUGAACAAGAGUCGGCCUAUGACGAAGGCGAGGCUCGAGAUGUUUGAGAAGACGGGGAGUCCGCUGGCGCCGCUGAGCUACCCAGAAGACUUCGUGACGCAGGAAUUGGAUGAGUAUAGCAAGUUCUGGAGGGUGAAUGAUCCAAGAGAUGUCGAUGACUAG